CAGGGUGGCAGUUGAAGAAUGCGGAAGCAUUCGGUGCGGCGGGCGAGAAACAAAGAGGAAACUGGGGCGAGUUAGCGAGGGCCUCCUUCUCUAUCUUUUGAUUCUUCUGGCGAAUGGUCUGAGAGAGCGGUAGACGAGGAAGACGUCUUCUCCUCAUUCCCACCCUCCUCCACCCUCCGCCGCCUCCGCUUUCGCUUCCGCUUCCGCCUCCGCCACCGCUCGCAAUGGAGUCCCCCAAGCAGCACCGCGAUUCAUCCCCCGAUACUGCUCCCCGCCGUUCGCAUCCCCCCAGAUCUCCAACCGCAGGGGAUGAGGAGAAGCAAACCCACAUAAGAAUUCUUGUAUCUAACACAGCAGCUGGUUGUAUCAUUGGCAAGGGUGGAUCUACGAUAUCUGAAUUUCAGUCACAAUCGGGAGCUCGUAUUCAAUUGUCACGUAAUCAUGAAGUUUUUCCAGGAACAUCAGAUAGAAUACUAUUGAUUUCUGGGGCACUUGGAGAUGUAAUAAAGGCUAUGGAAUUGAUCCAGGAAAAAUUGCUUAGCGAGUUGGAAGAUGGCAAUGAUGCUGAAGGUAGAUCAAAAGUCAGGCUUAUUGUUCCUAAUAGCUCAUGUGGUGCUCUAAUUGGAAAAGGAGGUUCAACUAUAAAGUCAUUUAUAGAAGAAUCAAGGGCUGGUAUCAAGAUAUCUCCUCAGGAUAAUAAUGCCGGCCUAAAUGAUAGGCUAGUUACUUUGACGGGAUCUUUUGAAGAACAAAUGCGUGCAAUCUUUUUGAUAUUGUCAAGAUUAAUAGAAGAUGCUCACUAUCCACAGACAUUGAACUCACCUUACCAAUAUUCAGGUAUUAAUUUUCCUGGUGUUCCUGUUGGAUAUAUGAUUCCUUCUGUAGCAUACAGUCCUGUGACUUACAGACCAAAUGGGUCUGGAGGAAAGUAUUCAAAUAACAAGAUGCAGGGUGCAGCUUCACCUGCUGUUUUGCAUCCAUCACGGUCACCUGGGAGGCCUCUUGAAGCCCAGAGUAAUUCAGUGACAAUUGGAAUUGCUGAUGAGCAUAUUGGUGCUGUUGUUGGCCGUGGAGGAAGGAACAUAAUGGAGAUCAGUCAGGUUAGUGGGGCCAGGAUCAAGAUAUCAGAUAGAGGUGAUUUCAUUUCUGGCACGUCGGAUAGGAAAGUAACUAUUACUGGAUCACCUGAAGCAAUCGGGAUUGCUGAGUCCAUGAUCAUGCAAAAAGUUUCUUCCAACACAGACGGUUGAUCACGAGGACGAAGGAAUUUCAAUUUUGCUGCAUGACCCUGAGUCUGUGUGCGAGUUGCUUUGGUGAGAGUAUCUAUCUUAUUUCGAGGCUAGAUUUUCUUUUGUUAUGCCUGUAAUUUUUAAUUAUCAUCAACGUAUUUGUAACUGCCUGAUUUGUCCUUUGUUAUUGGAGUAGUUCACAAUUACUUUUGAUUGAA